CCGUAUCUCAACGAGGUUCUUAGGGAUAUUUCAGUGUCAGCUGCGCUCCGUGGUGUAAGGUUGUGAGAGUGUGACGUGAGUGUGUGACAACUGUUAGUUCAUAGUUGUAAAGCGUCUGUGUUGGGUAGGAGUUCUGCGAACGAAAGUAGUGUUACAGUCAUGUCAUCCUUUGAAGAAGUUGAAAACGAACUUGAUAGAAAGCUUAAAAUAUUCUUCAGCAACCCAGAUAACCUUCAGGCAGCAUCAGAAAACGUCUUCGAAAGUCUACUGGAGGAAGUUAUCCUUGGUGUUGUGUUCGAAGUGCACCGCUCUGUUAAGACCGGGUUGUACGAAAUUGAAGAAGCGAUACAGGAGGAUGCGAACGAAUUUCGAAUUGUAGAUGCGCCUGAUUUGGAUAUUUUCGGCCAGCAACCAAUCAAGAAACCGCAGGAAUGCACCUGCCCAAGCUGUAAACGUAGCCUCGCAGCUUUAAGAUUUGCACCACAUCUUGAAAAAUGUAUGGGUAUGGGCCGAAAUAGUUCAAGAAUUGCGAGCAGAAGGAUAGCGAACAAUAGUAAAGAGAGCGUGGGUUACGGUGGUAUGAUGAGUGAUGACGAUGAUGACGCGGACUGGACCGUAGGUUCAGAUAGGAGACGCAAGAAGCGUGAUCGCAAUGGUACAAAAAGAUCCCGAAAUCCCAAGGCGAUGCGCAACGGAGACGUCAGCUCGGAAACCAGUGUCAGCUCCGACGUAGGCUCACACAUGAGCUAUGAUGGUAUGACAAACGAAGAGAAAAAGACGUUGCUGACUCAGAUUUGUGGUGUUAUAUCAGAGCAUACAAGAAAGCUUUGCACUAGGUCAAUGAGGUGCCCGCAACAUACUGAUGAGCAGAGACGCUUAGUGAGAGCAUCAUUAAUUCAGCAACAGGAACCAGAAAUGAAUGGUGGGCCAGAACUGUUGCAUGUGGACGGGGAUAUUGGUGACGAAGGUGAUGGACAUAGUAUGAGAGAGUCUGUGGGUCGCGGUUGGGAACAAGAACAUUCAAAUACGUCGUCACCAGCAGACUCAGCUUCAACAAGUUCGUCCUCAUCCAAAAAGAGGGAGAAAAUACCGAAGUCCAAAAGUAAAAGUUCAAAAAAUCACAAAGGAUCUCCUAGUUUCCAUAAUUCUCAUGCCGAAUUGUAAAAAUGUUAUUUAACAGUAUUGUAAUGGUACAUAUAGAUUUGGGCAAAACAUAUAAAAGAAGACACAUUAGUGCUCCAUGAAAGUGUGCAGCUCCUUUAUACAAAACUUUUCAUAAAGAUUAAUCAUUUGUACAUGUUGAUAGCCACUUGUUUUGAAAACUAAUAUAUUUUAGUUGAUUGUUCCAAAUCAAAAGCCAUAUAAAAGUGGAGGGUAUAUGGUUUCACUAUCUUAUGAAAGUGUUUGUUUUUUUUCCCCAUGGUAAUUAAGUUAAUCUUGAACAUUUUUAGUCUCUUUAAACUAUGUAAAAAAAAGUUUAGGGUACAUUCUUGUACCCUGUGAAGACAUCAGUCUGUGUCUUUGAAGUGCAAAUUUUUGUUCUCUAAUUUUGUGAGAAUCCUUAAAUAAGCUCUUGUAGUAAAUUGUUAAUUUUAAAUGGGUAGAAACAUACUUGAAACUCUGAUUUUAUUAGUGAGAGUCUAAAUCUAUGAUGAUAAUUUACUUACAUACUCUUAAAUAUUAUUCCUUCCUGCAACUGCCUCCUCAUCCUCCUCUGCAUUGUAAAUCUGAAGAUUGUGUCAUA